AUGUGGCGGAGAACAUACCUCCUCUUGGUUCUGGUCCGGCUGUGGUUUGCGCUGUCGCCGAGCUACCUGCACCCGGACGAGAACUUCCAGGGCCCGGAGGUCAUAGCCGGGGAGAUCUUCAGCUACCCCGUCCGACGUACUUGGGAGUUCACGAGCGACAGCCCGAUUCGAAGCGUGUUCCCGCUAUGGCCGGUCUACGGGCUGCCGAUGCUCCUGCUGCGUUGGCUGUGGAUCGGAAAUGGGAACGACGGCGAGAUUCCCCCCAUCGCCGUCUUCUGGACGCUGCGGGUGCUCAUGUUCAUCGUCGGCUUCGUGCUAGAGGACUGGGCGCUUCACGAACUCAUCCAGUCGAAGCGACAUAGGCCGCUUGCCAGGCUUCUGGUUGCUUCCUCAUACGUCACCUGGACGUACCAGACGCAUACUUUUUCGAAUUCGAUAGAGACGUUGGUUGUCGCUUGGAGCUUGGUUCUCAUCGAGCGCAUCGUCGCCAGUCCGGCCGGUCUCUGCACCACUGCGCUCGCGAUCAUACUCGACACAGCCUUCUACACUCCUCACUCGCUCUCCUGGUCUGAUCUCCUCCGCAACCCGGUCCUCACACCAAUCAACAAUCUCGCGUAUAAUAUUUCGCCUAGCAACCUGGCGCAACAUGGCCUGCAUCCUUGGUACCAACACCUCUUGGUGAACCUGCCGCUGUUGCUUGGACCCGGUGCGCUGCUUCUCCUCAUGCGCCCGAAGCGCACGCUGCGGCUUUACUCUGCGAUCUCAGGCAUCGUGGUGCUUUCCGUCUCGCAGCACCAGGAAGCCCGGUUCCUGCUCCCGACCGUGCCGCUCAUCCUCUCGUCGGUCCGUUUGCCGAAAAGCGAGAAGCUGGCGCGCACUUGGGCGGUGAGUUGGAUCGUCUUCAAUGUCAUUUUGGGGACGUUGAUGGGGGUCUACCACCAAGGCGGGAUUAUCCCAGCCCAGGUUUUCAUGAGCAAGCAACCGGACGCGACGCACGCGAUCUGGUGGAAGACGUACAUGCCGCCAAUAUGGCUGCUGAACGGGAAGAACGAGGUGCUGCGCACGCAGGACGUCAUGGGAAUGCCGGGGGAGAUGCUCCUCGCCGAGCUGGACAAGCUCGCCACCUGCGACACCCCCGCAGACAGACGCAGCAUGGAGUAUCUGAAGGAGAAGAACGGAACCUACCUGGUGGCGCCACUGUCCGCCACGUGGUUGGACCCCUAUCUGCCGAACAAGGGGCUGGACGGGCUGAGGUUCCGCGAGGUGUGGCGGCACCAACAACACCUCAAUCUCGAUGAUUUGGAUUUUGCGGAGGACGGCGUGUGGGAUACCCUUUCUAGAGUCGUUGGGAGGCGCGGUCUUGCUAUUUGGAGGGUGACAAAGAGCUGUCCUGGAGGCAAGGGUAGAUAA